AUGGAAGACAAAUUCUCAAAUGCAUUGGAUGGAGUUGCACUCAAUCAGAAGAGAAAGCGGGAUACCCAGUGCGAUGCACAUUUGACAGAAGUUUCAACGCCAAAAAACUUAGUUGGAGAUGAGGAUCAAUCAACUGAAUUUGCUUCAAGAUCCUUGGUUAACUAUUAUUUGAACUAUAAGAAAAGUGGGUUGCCCAAACGUUUGAUGUUUUAUAAAAAUGGUGAGUGGUUGGACUAUCAUGACGAUGUUGUCGACUUCGUUAAAAAAUAUUUCAAAAUCAAGAAGGCGGUUGUGGAACUAGAUUUAGAUGGCCAAGAUAUUGUGCUGGACUUUUGGCAUAUGUACAGUGUGAAUUUAAGAACGGGUUUGCAACAACCCAUUGCUUGGAUUGAUGAGGUUGGAAGAUGCUUUUUUCCUGAACUUUUUGGAGGUUCUGAUGAAGAACGCGAACAUGAGGGUGGGGAAUCUUCUAACAAAGACAGAGAAAUAGAAUUAGAUGCUUAUACUGAACCUGGAUAUGGAAGACUGGAUAUGGAUACAGUGCAUGACAUAUUUCUCAUAGGAAUGGCUACUUUCAACAUUAAUGACGAUGACAUCGUCGAUAUUCACCGCAUCUCUAGCAUCUCAAUGCAAGCGCGAUUGGAGUUAUUCCACAAGCAAGUUGAUAUCACAAAAGUAAUUCACGGGGACGCUAAUGUUCGAUAUGGUUGGUUUGCAUGUUCUAAAGAGGAUCUAUUUACAAUGAUGCAGUAUGGGUUUGGUCACAAUGCACUUUCAUCGUUUAAGUGCAUAUACGGCUUUGGUAUUCAUCUUACAGCUAUUACCCACCCUUAUGCCUGUGUCCCUUAUUGUGAUGUUGAUGAAAACGGGGUUAAGCACUUGGUCCUUUGUCGUGUUAUAAUGGGGAAAAUGGAGCUUCUUCGUCGUGGCAAUAAUCAGAUUCGUCCUAGUGGUUGUGAAUAUGAUAAUGGGGUUGAUGACAUUCAAAGCCCAAAAUACUAUGUGGUUUGGAAUAUGAAUAUCAACACUCAUAUCCAUCCUGAAUUUGUUGUUAGCUUCAAGGCUCCUAUGGAUGCAGAAGUUGAUCACAACAUAGGUUUGAUUACAGAAAAUGAACACUCAAAUGAGAGUAUGAGUAAUGUUUCUGAGAAUAACUCUUCUACAUCGGAUACUGUAAAUUCGGCUGGCCUACUGACUAACACAAGAAGAGUUCCAAGAUCACCAUGGCUUCCAUUUCCGAUGCUAUUUGCAGCUAUAAGAAGUAGGAUUUCUCCAAAACAAAUGCUUGUUAUAAAGGCACAUUAUGCACUACUGAUGGCAAAGAAAAUUUCCCAUGAUGAUUUUGUGAUGAAGCUGCGAUUGAUUGUUGGAGACAAUAUACUAAGAUCCGCAGUAACUAAUCUUCAAGACAAGGGAGCAUCAAAUGAUAAUUCAAAUGCCGUAACUAAGAAUGUAUAA